CAAUCCGCAGUGUGGUCCUAUUUGUCCAGUGGGAACUCAGCAUAUUCCCUCACCCUAGCACUGAAAAACAUAUAAAGCUGUGUAUAAAUCUUACAUUACAUGUCUGUGUUUAAUGUUACGUAACCCUGUUUUUAUUUUCAGUGAAUGUAAAGCACUUAGCUUCCAGUUAACUGGUUUGCACCAGACCUCUGCACUGAAAUUGCGGCCCUCGUACCUGUCUGUGAGUGGGGGCGGGGAGGGCAGUAUCCUAACCUCAUAACUCAUUUUUUCCAUACAUACUGUUGCACAGAAUAUAACAGUCAGAAAACCGGCAAAAAAAACCCAUCAGAAAUAGUUAACUAGAGCAGCAACAGCAGUGACAAAUAAGCAGGUCAGAGGCCAAUGUCAGGAGUGAAAAAUUCCAAAAGUUAGCGAAGUUAUGAUAUGCUGAAGUAGGGCAGGUUGGGGCAGAGUUAAGAACGUAUACUCAUAAUCUGAAGAUUGCUGGUUCACGUCCCAAGUGGGGGCCCUGCUCUAAUACCCUUGAGCGAAGCACUUAACCUGAAUUAUUCCAGCAAAAUAUGCAGGUAAAAAGGCUUAUUUGAAAACAUGAGCUCAGCAUCUAGAUACACGGAUGCCCUUGUUGUUUAGGAACGUGUGUUUUCUUAGUGUGGGCUGUGAUGCCGACGGAAGGUAGAAAAUUGCAGAACCACGGACAGCAGCCCAGACUCGACCAUGGGCCCAGUGCAACUCCACACCCCUUGCUCACUCCCGGUCACUCUCGUGCUCAAUUCAAGCCCCUGGCAGCCAAGACCAGCCCCCCCUCACUACCCCCCCUCUUUCCUGCUGGCUUAGAAUGUCCGAAUGUCUCCUGCUGACAAAAACAAAAACAAAAACAAAACACAUCAAGACUGUCCCUCCUCUCUAGUGCCAGGACUCUCAAAUUCUGAAAAAAUAUUCUCACGCGUGAACAAACAAACAAACAAACAAACAAUUUUUUUUAAUUGCUUGCAAACAUCACUUUUUCCCUCACACUUUUAUGCUGUUUCACACUCUCAGAAGCUCUGCCCAUCACCCAAUGGGAAGGCUGCCCUCAGAUAAUUGACAUGUCACUCUUGGCCUUAAGACCCGCCUUCCUUUGGCUGCAAUCUCUCUGAUUGGUUGACAAAUCCCCUCUAAAUACAUCCUAGUCUUUGACCUUGAACCUGCCCCAAGGAGAGCUCUAUUAGCUUCAGAGGGAAAAUUGUCCAUCCUUUUGUUGAUCUGUUUAUCUGUCUAUCAUUUUCUUAUCUGUCUGUCUUCCAUGGACUUCAGGGACAAGGUAGUUAGAAUGAAACACUUUGGGAUUAGCAGACACCCGUGGCAGGACACUGGUUCAAUGCACUAAUUCAUUAAAAAAAAAAAACCAGUUUAAUCAGUUAUGGUUUGCGUUAUGGUUAUUAUGCAAUUACCAGGGUGAUAAUCUUGUGCAGACCACCCAAGUCUAAAAGUUAUUUAGAGUCACCAACGAACCUGAUCUACAUGGAGGAGAAAGUGUGUCUGAGUGUGAGUUUCUGAAGGAAAUGCCGACCCACAGAGAAUGCAAUCUAUAUCCUUAUUUCACGAACAAGCACUCCUCGGGUUACGAUGGUCCGUGUUACGAUAUUUCGACUUUACUAUGGGUAAAUGUUUUUCGCUUUCAGUACUUUCUUCGGUAAAUCACAUGAGAUAUUCAACGCUUUAUUAUAAAAUAGGGUUUGCGUUAAUGAUUUUGCCCAACUGCUUGAGGUUGGCUAACCUAGGCUAUGAUGUUUGCUAGCUUAGGUGUAUUUCACCUUACGUUAGUUUUGUCGGAAUGUAAUCCCAUCGUAACCUGAGGAGAGGCUGCAUUAGGUUUUAAAAAGUUCUAUAUAAAAAAGAUUUCUGUAAAUCCUGUAAUGCUCCCUUUACUAAGUCAUUCCUUGCAUCAAACCUAUUCUGAUUGGUUGCUGUGAAUAAUAUACUGAGAAAAGAUUGUAUAAGAAUAGAGGACGUCGAGCAGUAAAAUGUUAUUUGAGCGACGGGGUCUGGCUGCAGUACUGCGAAGCUAAAAGUGGAUCUGACUGAGCUGAAGAAGAAAAAAAUACUUAAAAGGACUGUGCGGUCGAUCCUUUAUGCAUCGGCAAUUAGGCCUUCUGUUAGUCCGACGAGAGCUGACCUUCAGAGCCGGUCAGACUUUGAAUGCUUCUGCGGAACGUGGGCAAAAACGCAGCUUUCUGUGGAAGUUUUCCCUCGUGUUCCGUGUAUGUUGAGCCACUUUUUAAGGCCGUUGCAAUUUAAGGGAAAGGUGUGCAUUUCGCAUUUGCCCCCUGAAUGAUUAUUUAAUGAGAGGCUAUCGUUUCCCCGCUGCUGUGCUGUAUCCGAUCCAGGGCUGAAUUAUUCAGGGGGUGUAGACAGGGGUGGGCAGGCUUGACGUCGAUUACCUGCCUCAGGUGAGCUCCGCUGAGCCCCACUCCAAGUUUGCGUCCCUCCGCCGGACCUCAGGGCAGCCUCCUCGCCAACGCCGGUGACAUGGAGGAUACGCAGAGGAAGCUUAGCCAGAGGUAUGAUGGCAAGCCACGGAAAGUGCGCUUCAAGAUCGCGUCCUCGUACAGCGGGCGGGUGCUGAAGCACGUCUACGAGGACGGCCAGGAGCUGGACAGCCCCGAGGAGAAGUACCCGCGCAGCUUCAUGCAUGGCAAGGUGCCCCAGCAUCUGGAGGCGGAGCAGCUCUCCAGCUUCCAGGAGUCCCCGGAGGCGCGGAUGGGCAUGUCCCCCGGGCUCACUGCCCAGAGGAUAAACGUCUACAGAGGCAUGACUAGCUACAGACUCGCUACCUGCGGCGGCUCGCCACCAGUGGAUUCCAGAUCGUCCGUGCUGGACUUUGGGAAGAUUAUCAUCUACACCAGUAAUCUACGAAUCAUCAGGUCCCCUCAGAGGAGGACAGAACUGAUGAAGACCUCUGUCCAGAGACAGGACGGAGAGGGAGAGGAUCCACAUGGGCGAGGAAGAGGAGGAAAGCAUUACCACGGGUCACUGUGCUCUCACUGGGAGGACGAAGAUGGCCUUGAAACCGCAGACAAGGAGGAGGCCGCGUGUCCGCAGUGCGGGGGCUCGGGCUGCACUCCCUGCUCCCUGUGCCAUGGAAGCAAGCUGUCCAUGCUCGCCAACCGCUUCAACGAGUCCAUCCGAGCCCUGCGAUGCCCGGCGUGCUACCCGGACGGCCUGCAGCGCUGCCAGUCAUGCUCGGGCCAGCAUGGCGGAGAGCCCUGAGGGCGGGACUUCCUGCUGGGAGUCUGUGUGAACAUAAGCGGACGAAGCAGACACAAAACCCUCAAUGUGAAAACAAUGACGGGCUAAGCAGCCAGUGCAUGUGUACAGGCGGCCAUUGGCUUCCGAAAAUGGCCGACCAUCAGUUGAUAAAUGCGGAGACGCAUCUUCAGCUUUAUAAUCAUAAUACUCAAGAGCUCUGUAAUGGGUGCAGGUGUGUAUACCGGGGCGGGGCUACAGGGAUACUGGAAAGCUGAUUGGCCCAUAGAUUGCGACCUCCCCUGUCACUCACAGAUUCAAAACAUAUCAUUGGCUAACGAUAAGGUUGGCCCCCCUGUAUGAAUUAUGACCCCUAUUAUGCCCCCCCCCUGCCUUAAAAAGAUCCUUGACUUGCCCCUGUAAGGAUGUAUCCAACUGCAUUAUUACAUACCUGGAUAUUACUCAAGAAGUAGCACCUCUGUUUAUGUAGCUGGUUUGCAGCCCAAGCUUGUACAUUUAUCACGUUUGAGGAAUAACUAGUCACUGUCAAACUGUUGUGUGCAACACAUGUACGGCCUCAUCUUUGCAUAGUAUCAUAGCAAUAAACCACACUUUUUAAGGCUUUAGGUUACCACUGUCUUUACACAAGAUGCAUUUUACCACGGUGUUGCACUUGCAAUUGAAUAAAUAAAUAUGUAAUUCGCCUACAAUAAUGUUUAUUCCUUAGCUUCGAAAUCCAAGUUUUAACAUUAAGUGGUGUUAACAUGGUGGUGUUCGAAAGGGUCAUUAUCUUUGACCUUCAUCAAAUAAAACCAAACUGCUAGCUAUAAAUCCCACAAUGCUUUAGUCACUGAAAAUUAGCAAUGCAACUUAAACAAAAGGCUGAGUGGAAUUGUACGUGAUGAAUUGCUUCCCUUACUUUGU